GACUAUGACUACGGGCCAUUAUCUAAAUAAAAUUACUUCAAGAAAAUCUCUUAACACAAAAUUCACUUUCCGAAAAAGUAUGCUUUCAAUUUUGUAAAAAAGAACUACAACCCUGUUAGCUGCGAUAUGAAACAAUCCUACCAACUUAUGAAUAACUUUUGUCUGUUCCAGCAACCGUCAGAUUUAUAGGGUGUAUUCAGAAAAAAAUAGGAACGGCUUCUGACUAAAUCUUGUUAAUCUGAUAGGUACUGGAACAGACUAUUUGCUUAAUUCAAGCAAGCUGUAGUGUUGGUAGCACUUCUUAAGAAAAGCCAUUUGAGUGCACGCAAAAUAGAGACAUGGACAAGUAAGUACUUUAAAUUCGAUUUCUGCAAAAUUUUUACAAUAUGUUAAACUAUUUCAGGUUUAUAAUAAAAGCGAAAAGAGCUAAACCUGCUGAAGAAGAGGAAGAGUCCAGUGAAAUCGAGGAAAGUUGCACCCCGGAGACAAGCGCUAACUUAAGAAGAAAAUUCCGGCAGGAAUGGCUGCAACAAUUUUCGUGGCUUAAGAAAAUCGAUGGAGAAGCGUUUUGUGUGGCUUGCGAGAAAAGAAUAACUAAUAACUUAUCACAUUUAACGCGGCAUGCCAAAAUUAAGACACAUUGCGCCAACCUUGAAAAGAAGAAAAACCAAUUGAAAUUGGAUGAAUUUGUUAACGAAGAAAGGGCAACAUUAGCUAAACAGGUACGCAAUGCGGAGUUUACAAUUGUUGUUUUCUGUAUUAUGUACAAUUUGCCCUUUCGGUUGGUCGAUUAUUUACCUGGUCUUUUAUACGAUUGCUGCACUGAUAGUCAAAUAGCAAAAGCGUUAAAAUGCCACAGAACAAAGGCAACGUCUUUAGCUGAAAUUUUAGGCGAUAAAUCAAAAAAUAAAAUUGUAAAUGUGCUGCAAAAAAGCAAAUUCUCGUUAAUUGUCGACGAAACCACAGACUUGUCUUGCCGAAAAGCCUUAGUACUGGUUGUAAGAUAUUUCGACCAACUAUCGCGUAAAGUAAAAGAUCAUUUUUUGCAAUUGAUUGAGUUAGAUCAAUCCGACUCCGAAUCUAUUUAUCGAGCGAUUAAAUUGUUUUUUGAAUCUCACAAUAUUCCUCAAAUUUAAUGGGUCUUGCUACGGAUGGUGCCAGCACUAUGGCGGGUUGUUUAAACGGAUUGAAAACAAAGUUAAAAGCGGACGUUAACUUAUUUUAUAUUAAAUGUACGUGCCACUCCCUGCACCUUUGCUCCAGUUACGCGUGUAAAAAACUUCCGCAUCAAAUUGAGGAGCUAUGUCGCAACGUUUACAAAUUUUUUGCAUAUAGCCCCAAGCGUAUAAAAGACUUCAAGGAGUUUCAAGACUUUUGUGAGGUAAAGCCCCACAAAAUUCUAGGAAUAUCGCUUACCAGAUGGCUUGCUUUGGAGGCAGUAAUAUCGCGGAUUAUCGAGCAGUGGGAGGCCUUGCAAUUGUAUUUUUUAUCAUGCUGCUUAGAAGUAAAUGGAAUAAAGUCACAGUACUUGGCGAAUCUGAUGGGUAAUGCAGAACUUAAAGUUUACAUGCUGUUUUUAAGUUACAUACUA